AUGGACUCCAUGAGCGUUCUUGCGAUCUUACUGUUCGAAAUUGCUUCCGGUUCCCAUGGCCCAGACGUUCUCAGCCAGAUUCGUGACAUCGUGAUUAGUAUCGCUGAAGAAGCCCACGUCCAGAACGAGCAUACUCACGCGCAACAGCACCAGCGGAACCUCCUUUCCUCUAUCCAGGGCCUCGGUACCCUAGCCCAGCAAAUUACAGAUCCAGCAAGCGCUGGGUCUGCUGUCCACCAGGCAUCGCAGGACGCCCCCGGGCCCCAUUGCCAUGCGAUUGAAGGCGUAUCCAAUCCCCUCGGCAAAGUUGCCGCUGCCAGCUCUGACAACACCCCGACAAGCGAAGCGCUUGCCGCCAAAGUUGGCGUGCCUAGGAACGAGUCCAUCAGUAUGGACCUGAAGAAACUGAAAGAGAGCAUCGCAUCUCGGCUAGAUGGGCUUGAUUCAAAAGUCGCUCAACUACCGAACACUCAGCAUUUAAGAGAGCUUCUCUCGGAACGACUUGACCAGAUCCUCUCGUCGAAGCAGGGUGAGGAGACGGCCAAACAGUCCACCAAUACCAUCCUCAAGCUGGGCGACGCAAAGACCGAAUUCGAGACCAGCCGCCAGGGAGUCAAGGCCAUGACGAGACACUUGGAAGCGGCAAUGGAUUCCGGGUUCGCCAAUUUGCAAGGCGCAUCGACCAAGCAACACAAGACAGUGGCCCAGGAAUUAGAUCGGUUGAGGAACCGAGUUGACGACCUCUCUCUCCGCAACCACGAAGACUUUGACGCCCAGGCCCACACUCUCACUGAAGCUGUGAUCAACGCCGUAGCCCGAUCAUGGCAGGAGCUGGAUGGUUCAAGGUCACAGGAGCUGCAGAUCAAGCUCUCAGUGGAGCAAGCGGCCAACGAGAUCAAUGCAACUCUGGUUAGUCGACGCGACGAGACGAUUCGGGAACUUGAGGACACCAUUACCAUAAAAGAGCGCGAGCUGGAGGCUUCUGCAACCGAGUUGGCUCAGAAGGAGUUUGAGAUUCGCAAUGUUCAGUCAGAGGCAGCCCAAAAUGCGAGCCAGAUGGAGAAGGAGAUACGCGGUCUACGGGAUGAACUGUCCAAGGUUCAUGAACAGAGUGAGCAAGCUCGGUUGGCUGGAGACAGGCGCAUUCAAGAGCUCGAGGAACAAGCUGAAACCGCCCUCAAUACGCUAUCGAGUGCAAGCAAAAGGGACAGCCAAUUUCAAGAGGACCAAACCAACCGUAUCCGAGUUCUCCGAGACCAAAUCGAUCGCGCUGAGUAUGAGUGCGACAGAGCCCUCACGAAACGCGACAUGGCAUAUAUGGAACGCGACGACGCUUUGGUCCAGCGCAAUGAUGCCCUUAUGGCGCGCGAUGACGCCGUCGCGGAUCGCAAUAACGCAUUCGGGGAACUUGAUAACGCCCUCGAUGAGCGCGACGAUGCCAUCACAGAACGCAAUGAGGCCAUUGAAGAACGCAAGGUGGCUAUCAUGGAGCGCAAGGAGGCCCUCGCAGAUCGUGACAAAGCCCUCGCUGAGCUUGAUGCUAUGCGAAACGCACCGGACCCAACUCCGCAGACAACACAGCCUCCGCAACAUCCUAGUACUCGCAAACGACACAGAUUGCAAGAGUCAAUUGGCGGAGACGUCACUAGCAAUCUUUCUCAGGCAUACCUCGAUAUCAGCGAACAAAUGCGCGAGCUCUCAGUGGUGCCCAGUCCUAGCAUCCGGUUAGACGUCAAGAGCCUUGCGAUGGAGAUUGCGCCAAUGUUUGCCAGCUUGCUAUCAAAGAAGCAUAUGGAAGAAUUUCUGGGGAAUGAUUCGUCCAAAUGGCAUUGCCUGCGGGAUGUGUGUCGGCGCGGAAUGAAAUCUCCGGCUAAGGAUGAUCUGGUAUGUACGAUAUCCGGGCACCACAAGUGUAUAUUUGUGAAGUCAGUUGAUCGACUCGGCACGAGGAUGUUAGACUUCCAGGAUCGCUUGCAAUAG